AUGUGUUCUACCGAAAAGCGGUUAGAAAGGAAUAUUUGGAAAGAAGUAGCCAGACGAAAGAAAGAAGGUAGUGCACGACAGGCCAAUUACUAUAAUCUACGAAGGCGACCCUGGACGCCAAAAGACGGUGAAAUGGUGUGGAAAAAGGAACGCUGUUUAUCAUCCGCCCUACUUGGCCCCCUUACCACGUCGUGUGAGAUUCGCCCACAACACUACACGAAUGAAAGUCCAGCUCCUAUCCGACCGACGAACACUUCCGCACAAAUUAGAACACCUCCAGUAAAACUGGAAUCUGCACCAAUAGUGCAUAAAACCCUCAAGUCCGAAACACAAAUAGCGACUAUAGAUCUAACGAUCUCUUCACCGAAUAACGGCACUGUGACAAGCGGAAAGAAUUCUGCUACGGUCAACGAAGAGUUACCAACUACUUCAAAAGCAGCAUUUGGAUCGGGACCCGAUAGAAAAACCCCUAGUGUAAACCCAACCCCGCCGAAGCCGAUAAUUCCAAAGAGACCGAGAUUCACCGAGGAGCAGGUAUUUGAGGGAGUAAAAAUUUAUCAGCCGAAGAAGUACACCAAACAUCAACAACCAGUAAAUGAUAACAACGAUGAAGAUAGUGAUGAUGAUAAUGAUGAAGAAGAUUAUAAUAGUUAUGAUGAAGAUAAUGAUUAUAAUGAAGCUUAUGAUAAUUGGGAUACUUGUGAUGAAUUUGAGAAUGCAGAAUAA